AUAUCGUAGGUCAGUCGUUUACCUCGACCUUCAACAUGACUUACAUUUAAAAUUAUUCAUUUAUUUUAUUUAUUUAUCUUAACAUUAAAUAAUGGGUUUUCUUUUAUUCAAAUCCUAUUAAUUAAAAUUUUAUUUAUUAUUGUUAUAUCUCAUAAAUAUCGUCAGUCAUUUUUUCUUAUCUAUGAAAAAUAAUAAAAAAAUUUCUAACCAAAAUUGUCAGUUUAUUAAAUUUGAAAAUUUAUGUUUUUUUUUAAUUAUUUGAAUAAAACCGCGGACUACAUGAGUUAAUUAACAAAAUUAACUGUGUAAUGAAAACUAUUUUAACAAUUUUUACGCUCGUAUUUUUGAGCUUUAUCGCAACAUUAAUUUACGUUAAUGAAAAUAAAAUAAAUUGUGAAGAUUUGAUUAAUGAAAAACUUUUAAACAGAGAUUUUAAUAAUAUAAAUAGUAAAUUAUACGAUAGUAGGAAUAAUUAUAAGGAAAAAUGUCAAGAGAAAAACGGAAAAGUUGAAGUUGAUCUUGAUCGUUUGAUGGAUUUGUUGUUUGAAAAAUUGGAAAAGGUUAAAUUUGAGUCUAAAUUACCAUUAGAAAAUAAUUAUGAUAAUGAUAAAAAUAAUAAAAUUCCAUCAAUUUGUCAGUGCGGAUUUGAUAAAAGCGAUUAUUUACCUCCAGAAUACGAUAAUAACUGCAUUGAUCAUAACGCUGAUGAAAAUCCAUUUGAAAGUUACAAAGAAAGUUCAGAGUUCAUAAAAGAAAAAUUUAAGUCAUAUAUUAAUAAAAAUAAAGAUAAUUUCCAUCAUUCAUAUCGAAAAGCUAAUUCUUGGGAUAAAGAUUACAUACCAAAUUUUGGAACUGAUAAUUAAUAAUGGCGCAUGUAUGUAAAUCAUGUCUAGAUUCAUAUUCCCGCUAUCAGAGAGUUACUGAUAAUAAUCCAAUAAAUUUAAGAAGAAAUUCACGGUAUUGGUAUUUAAAUACUCUAACUCCUUACUAUGAAUUCUUAGGAAAAAUAAAAAAUUCAUUUGUUACAAAAAUGAAGAAUUUUGAAUUUCAUGUACACGACUUUUGUCAAAAAAAUUAUCAACUCGUUUGUACACUUGAAAAAAUCUCCAUCGGUAUAAUUUUAUUUUGGAUUUUUUAUCAGAGUAUUUUUAAAUACUUAACAUAUUUUUUAUGGAAUAUUGUUUAUAUUUUAUGGUGUAUUAUUGUCAGUGGUCUAUUAUUCAUUUUUUUAUUGAGUCAAAAUAACGAUGACGAAACAAUUAAAUUGACGACCGUUAAUGAAAAUUUUAGAAAAUUUAAUAACUAUGAAGACUAUCGUAAAAUUAAUAAAAAAACAAGUGAUGUUUCCUUAUCAGACAUUGACGAUAGUACUGACAUAAAAAUAAUCAAUAAUAACAAAUUUAAUAAAAAAUCACUUGCUAAUAAUAAAAAAAGAGUUAAAAAACGACGUAAAUUAGAUACGAUUGUUCGAGAGUUUGAAUCGGAUUCUGACAAUUCAUGUUUGGGUUUUCGUAAAAAAUUCUAGAUUAUAAUUUUUUGUUUAUAACAUAAUUUAAUUAUUUUUAUUGUGAUAAAUUUUACUAAUAAAAGAAAAAAAUUGAAUGUAUCAAUAUUUGUUAAGUUUUUUUUUAUUAUUAAUUGACACAGUAUGUGACUAAAUUGAUAGGAUGUUAUCUUAACUUAUCAGAAUUGUCACAGAUGAUUAUUGUAAAAAGAGUAAAUACAUUUAAA